GCCUACCUGCCUUGGAGUGUGAUGGCGUGGGGAAACGUCCUCUUGGUCCUAAUCGCCAACCGCCCUUUAAGCUACACGACCAUCUUUCCAUCCUCUUCUCACUUUUGACAAUACUUUCCCUGCCACCAAGAACGGAAAGCAUAAUGCUGCUCGACAUCUUGCAGUCUUCUCGCUGAGUCCAUUACUUGUCCGCUACGGCGGGUGUUGAUUAGGCAGGGAGCCUCGUCUGCCCACCAUCGUCAUCGUCAUCCACCAAACACCACCAUCACCACCACCACCCGCGACAGCUCACCCACCCUAGCUGUUCGCUUCCCCUCUUACCGCCUCUUCUCUCCCCAGAUACCCACCGACCUACCUCACACGCACACCUCACCAUGGACAAUGCUGCGUCCAUCCUCUUGGGCUUUCCCCCCUCCCAGCCGUUCGUCGCAGACGAGGACUACGACCAUGCCGUCCACUCCCACCUGCACCAAAUAGACCAGCUAUUUAGCAAGGAGACUGCCACUAUUGCACAGUAUGGUACCGAAAUCCUUCAGUUGUUGGAUCCAGCCGUCAAUAGCAUUUCCUACCUCGCCGUAUUCAACACCGUUUCCGAAAGCGCAACCUUCCCGCCCGAGGCGCGACUUGAAGCCCUUGUCACAUUCCUCUUGACCUUCGAUGCCAGGCAGAUCCGGUAUGUGGGAAGCCAUCUCACGACAUGGCUGGACAAGGUGGCAUCGGGCACACUGCUGCCGCACGAUAUCGCAGUCGAGGUUCUAGCGAUCGCCAUCCUCCGACUCGACCCAAGCGGGGCGAUGCUCACUUCCCAUCACCUAUCACUCGUGCGACUCGCCUAUGACAACAACGUCCCCGAGCCAGCCUUCCAAGUCACCGACAAACAAAUCGUCUACUUUCCUGGCAUGUCUCGAGACCAGAGCUCUGGAAACAGAACAAAUGCAGCAAGUCAGAAGCCACUCUGCGAUAUGAGUCUUCCCCCAACAAACUACAUCAUGGUCGAGACAGGCCUGACUACCGCAGUCACGGUUGAUCAAGUCCUACAGUACGACCUCACAUGCGGUCUGCUGUACUGCUCCAGGCGCCAGUGGACAAAGGCGCGCGCGGCCUUCGAGCGCGUCAUCACCCAUCCCACGCGUGACGGUGGGGUUAGCAAAAUCAUGGUUGAGGCUUUCAACAAGUGGGUUCUCGUCAGCCUGCUAGUAAACGGGCGCACACCGACCGUGCCUGCCACGACCGGCUCAACCGCUAGCAAGACGUGCGAGCUGACGGGAAAGCCAUACUUGUCCAUAGCAGCACAUUUUGACACGAUGGAUGCUACAUCCCUCAAGACAGAGGUUGAGACCAAUUCUGGAGUCUGGGCCAACGACCGAAAUACAGGAUUGGUCCAGGAGGUCCUGGCCGCACACCAGAAGUGGCAGAUUAUCGAUCUGAGGAGGAUCUACUCCAAGGUUUCGCUUGCCGACCUCCGCCAAAAGACGUGCAGCGCCGAGACAGGCGACGUCUUGCCCAGCGACAACGACGUCGAGGCGCUGGUGCAGGGCAUGAUCAGCUCCGGCAUGUUGAACGGAGUCAUCGAGAAGCCCACGGACAAGCCCCCAUACCUGAAGUACCUCUCCGGCUCGGGCGAUUUGUCCGAGAAGCAGUACCAACGCGAGAUCGCCUCCAUCUUCGCCAAGAUGAAAGACCUCGAGGCCGUCUACAAGGCCACCAGCGCGCGCCUGAGUACCAACCCCUUCUACGUCAAGCAGCACAUCAGGGAGGCGCAGCGCGAGAAGGAGCUGGGCCGCGGCGCGACCUCGAUGUUCGAUUCCACGGUGGACGACGAGGACCUGAUGACGGGUGUUCAUGACGGGGGCAUGAUGUAGGGCGACAUGUACCCCUGUGAACGACGCAAAGAUUACGCGUCUAGACUGCUUCUCAGGAUCAGAUGACCAAACAAGGGAAAGAGGGAGCCGCGCAGCACUGGCGCCACUGUGUGGGAGAUAGCAGCCGGGGGGGAAAGAUUUGUGGGCUGCUGCGUCACGGGCUGGACUCUUGCCACCCAACGACGAGCGAGGCAGGGCAUAGAGUAGGUAUUGGUCUCAUUGUGGGUGAGAGCACCCGCAUUGGAGUAUCGGCCCGUAUCGGAGUUGGUCCCGCAGUCUUGUUGAGGGCAGGUACUCCUCUAGAUGGUAGAUGAAGGUCUGUCGUUCGCCGACAUUUUGGAGGUAGAAACAACAUAGCUCAGUCGCAAGGCCAGGCUAUACCUGGAUGAGUCCAGCCCGACAGAUGAAAGGAGCCAAAAAAAUAAAGAUCUUCCUGCCAAUGGGUCGGCCGUCUGUGUAGUGUAGAGAUAGAUGUCUACUACCUUCAUUCAAAUUUUGGCACCGUUUGUA